AUGGCCGACAACCCAGAAGAGCCGUCGCAAAAUGCGCUGGCCUCGACAUUCCCCAACCCGCCGCCGUUCUGGAGAGACUUUACCUCGGAAAACGUAGCCAGGAUAGAAGAGCUCCGGAAAGCGCAGGCAGAGAAGGAUGGCAUUGCUGUCAAGGACUUGCCAGCUCGCAUACCGGAUGUUCCUGAAAGCCUCAUGAAUCUCCAACCUCCGGCUGAGCCGCCAGCGGGAACAUGGAAAGUCUUGGGCGGAAACUAUACGCUCGACGACAAGCUUCCUUCUCUCGAGGAAGGUGAGAUCAAGCGAUUAGUGCCGGCGCAUUCAGAGGAAAAGGACGGAAAGCAUCUUGAUCGAGCAUUCGAACUCAAGAAAAUGGCCAAGUCUCUUUUGCUUAACUUUCUCGAGCUCGUUGCCGUCAUGGCUACCGUGCCAGACGACGCUGCUGCGAAAAUCGAAGACUUGCGCACUCUCUUCAUCAACUUCCACCACGUCCUGAACGAAUACCGACCCCAUCAAGCACGCGAAUCGGCCAUUGCGCUAAUGCAAUCCAACCUCGAUCGUACAAGGGCGGAAACAGCUGCGAUUCGAGCACAAGUUGACAAGGCUAAGCGAGUUCUCGAGGGCUUGGGAAGCCUUGAUACACCCAAAGCACCGGAGAUUGUCAGCUCAGUCGUUGAUGGCGAGCUGACCAGUAAAGAAGCGGAGACUUUCGCCAGGGUAAGAGAACAAGAAGUAUGGGGAGAGGCGGAUGCCUUGUUCCUCUAG